AGGCGUGGGGGCGGUUUGGUUUUGAGUCUCGGGGUAGCCAGCGCUCAAAGCUUCAGACCCCGGGAGAGAUCAAAGCCAACAGAAGGAGUUGGGGUUCCGGAACAGUCGCAGCUGCCGCUGCCUUCUUGUCGCCGUCGCUGACGCCCCCGCCGCCACCGCUUGAGGACGCGGCCCUCAGAGGCCUCUGGGCCUAGGCGCGUCUCGCGGAGCCCGAGGUGUUGCCUCCCGUACAGCUGUGAGUAAUACGAGCGCCCUCUCUGCAGUCGAUUGCAAAUUAAAAUGGAGGAAAUUUCGUUGGCUAACCUGGAUACUAACAAGUUAGAGGCCAUCGCUCAGGAGAUAUACGUAGACCUGAUAGAGGAUUCUUGUUUGGGAUUCUGCUUUGAGGUGCACCGGGCAGUCAAGUGUGGCUACUUCUACCUGGAGUUCGCAGAGACUGGUAGCGUGAAGGAUUAUGGCAUUCAGCCAGUGGAAGAUAAAGGAGCGUGCCGCCUCCCGCUUUGCUCCCUUCCUGGAGAACCUGAGAAUGGGCCUGAUCAGCAGCUGCAGCGCUCACCUCCAGAAUUUCAGUAGCUGCAACAUGAGAGAGCCAGAGAAUGACCAGCACAAUAACAUAGACUGGUCCUGUGGCUUGGAGAAGUAAGCUAGGUAGAAAAAAAUCAGACAACAUCAAAAUUCCCCUUGAAGAUCCUAUCUUUUAAAAACCCAAAAUGGAGAAUUUAGCAGUUCAGAUCCUUUUUUUAAGUGUAUUACUUGGGACCAGCUCUGAAACCUUGGGCAGGAAGAGCUGUACUGCGUGCUCAUCACGCAAUGCAGGCUGAUCUCUAAACACACCAGGAUGUGCACGAGGUCUUUGAGCUGCUCCCAGUACACAGAUGAGCAGCUCUCUGCCCAGAAUACAAAGCCCUUUGGUUCCUCAGCCUUUCUGACCAUCUGAUGCCAAGGGCUUUCUGCAUAACUGACAAUUUGGACAUUACUGAUGGUUAGGCCCUAAUCACUUGGCUUCAGUAGGACCUCUGUGGCCUUCACUCCAACAAGAAGAAAGCGCCAAAUCCACUUGUUUCUGAAAGGUCCAGCAUUUACAAGGACUUCCGCUGACUUGGGGACAAGGGCUAGCCUUUGGCUGAACAGAGCCCUCUUUCCUGACUCCCACCUGUUGACAUAGCCCUGACAAAUGGACAACAACUUGGUUGUCCAGACAGGCUGAGGUAAAAUUAGAUCCCCUGGGGAGGUGACAGGGGCAUCUGCAACUAUGCACGAUCUCUCAAACUGUAAGAGUCAUAUCUGGAUGUAUUAUUCUUGGACAUAGAUUGGUGUGGCAGUCAUUUUCCUGCUGUCAAUUACUAGUUUCCUAGCCAUGGUUCUGACUUGGUCACUAUGCCACUUGGUCACUACCUGUCUCCUUCCCCAAGGGCAGCACCGAACUAUAGAGGAGCAUCAUGGUUUUGUAUGAGGCUGUGGUUUGAAAGCUGAGCCCAAAGGGUACUUCUUCCACCUGCAGUCAGUAAUGUGAAUGGGUUAGUGCUAGGAGCCAAGGAACAGGACUGGGUCUUCUCUCAUUUGACUACAUGCAGAAUUAUUGAAUGCCCUGCUCCUUGGGUUGGGCAGUCACAGAGUUCAGUCGGCUGUGCUGAGCGUCCAGACUUACCACCUCUGCCCCCUUGUAGGGGCAACGCUUUCUACUUGGUCUCCUUGGACCUUCUUCACAACAGGAGGUGUCCUUUGUUCUUGGAAGUCAGGGAAGGGCCUCCAGGUUCCCUUUCCUUCAGAGAAUGGGAUAGGGAUGUUGGGAAAUGAGAACUGCAUAUCAAAACUACUCUCCACUUUACUCCUUGACUGAUAGUUGGUGACUUGUAGAGGGGUGGGAGCCCCAAGGUUAGCAGGAACGGUGCUGCUUUAUUUGAAAGGUUUUCUUACCUCAUUCUGUGCCCCAAUAAGGGGCCCAGGCUCUCCUUUCUGGCUUGGUCCCAUGUUUCUCCUGUCCCGUUCUAUUGCCUAUUUGGUGCAGCCCAAGUUCCCAGGUGCUGCUUGCCACCCUGGCUUUCACACUGACCAGUUUCAAUUCAUCUCUCUUGAUAACUCCUGUUUCUGAAGGCUAGCCAGUUUUCCUUUCCUUGGCCUCUUUUAAGUUUUUGUUUUUUCCCUGCUCUUGUAGAGGACUCAGAAGAAUCUUGCUUAUGCCUCUGUUGGGACUGGGUUGGAAAGAUAACUUAAUUUUUGCAUUUGAAAGGCAGUGUCAUACCUAAACAUUUCUCCUUUAUAAAACUACCCUGCUAAUUAUGCCCUCCUGUGGCUUACCUCUUAAGGAUUUACACCUUCCCACCUCCACUUGGACACUUUCUCUCUUAGGACCUAAGCAGAAGAGCAGUAAAAGCUGACUAAUAAACACAGGGAUGGAGGUGGUUCUGAUCCAUUUUCUCAAACCCCUGCUGUGCAUAUAUCUUUCGUGCUUCCAGAAGGAACUAUUUAAAUUGUUCGGACUGAUCUGGUUUAUAUGCUCAAGAGGGUUAAGGAAACCUUAGAGAUUAGGUCUCAAGAUUCUGUGUGUUACUGCAUUCUCCUAGAGUUGUCCUGAUAAGAGUUGAGGCCUAGUUAUAGAUUGGUCUUUAAUUGAAGAAUUGUGAUAGUUUUUAAAAAGUCAAAGAGCUAAAAUAAUUUUGAGGCCUAGGUUUUUUUUGCCCUUAACCUUUUGUAGAUGUCUUCUAAGGGGAUGCAAAAGCAAAGGAGGAUUUGAGACUCCAGCCUACUUUCAGAUGAUGUCGUGGAAGCAGGUUGAAGGUAAGGGUUCUGGUCCAUUCUUCCUUCAGAGAGGGAACACAGAGCGUAACAUUACUGUUCCUCCUCUGACUUUUUCCAUCCUGGUUGGAGGUGGAAGAAGUGGAAACUAGUUUUGAGUGAUGGUUUGUUCAUAUUACCUCCCCCUUCGUUUUGUUUUUUGGCCCCCCACCAUUAGGGUAUAUUCCCCUGCCCUGAAUGGGUAUGAGGUGGACUUGGUCCAAAAGGAAUCCUGAAGGAACAAACUCUUUUCUUUUUGGGGAGAGAAUGCCCCCUACCAUAUAGUUGACAGUGGUUAGGAACUCUCCUUUUCCCUACCUACCUUCCCUUAACAGCAGAAUUCCCAUCCUUCCCACCUCAAUUAUGUGUAUUGACCACCUUGUAAUCCUAUUAUGUAUCUGAAUGUGUGUGUAUGGGGGAAAGGGGUUCUUUAUAAAUUUCUGUGGUUUGUGGAUUUUUCUUCUAUACAUUAGUUCCCACCACCGCAUGCCCAGGGGCCACUGCCUGGCAUUAUAGCAUGCUGGGAUCAUUAGGGGAGGGUAAUGAGGCUCACCACUGAACUUUGUUUUGGAGAUUCUUAUUUUUGCAUAAGUAGUCCUUCCUUUACAGAUAGCUAACUAAUUCUGUGUAUUCCCCUUGUCCCUAUGGCUGCUGGUGUAAAUAAACUGCAUCUUCCCAUUGGUAAACAGUAAUAAUAAACAGUUAGAUGAAAAUGACUUUAUUUGGGCUCUGUAUGUUAAUCUUUUAAAAUUGUACAUGUUUUUCAGGCAUUGACAUGGUAAAAUAAAUGUUGAAUCACUGUUGAAUCUUAGUCACUUUCUCUUGAAGGGAAAUUUUAUCACAGAAAAACUGCUCAACCCUCAUUAACCUAAGCCCAUUUUUGUUGGUUUUGAUUCCGUCUCAUAGGGACCCUAUAGGGCAAAGUAGAACUGCCCUGUAGGGUUUUCUAGGCUGUAAUCUUUACAGAAGCGGACUACCACAUCUUUCUCCCAGAGAGCGGCUGGUGGGUUCGAACCACUGACCUUUUGGUUAGCAGCUGAGCUCUUAACUGCUGUGUCACCAGGGCUUCUUUGUUCUCAGUCGAGUCUUGCAAAUUUGGUCCUGCAGCAGCCAGUGAAAGAAACAUGCAAACAAUAUAAAAUCUUCAGUUUUCAAUAUGAGGUUAAACCAAAUAAACCAAAUCCAUUGCCAUUGACUCGAUUCCAACUCCUAGCGACACUAUAGGACAGAGUAGAACUGCCCUAUAGAGUUUCCAAGGAGCAGCUUAUGGAUUCAAACUGCUGACCUUUUGGUUAGCAGCAGUAGCUCUUAACCACCGUGUCAUGAGGGCUCCAAAAAUACGAGGUCAGAAGGUGGGAAAUAAAUAGAACCUAGGCCUAUCACUAACAGCCCACUGUGAGAGUUCAAUUUGAAUAGAACUCACUAUCUUAAUAGGUCUUACCAUCAUUUCAAGCCAAUGUCCUUGAUCUCAAAAAAGUAAAUGAUACACAGCAGAAAAUAGGCAUCUGCUCUUCUAAAGGGGAGUUUUUAUUUCUCUUUUGCUCCAACUCUAGGUCUUAUUGUUUUCAGAGUAAUUCUGAAGUUUUUCAUUUCUUGUAAUUCCUAACCCAGAGCUUGAGUAUUUCCGCUGGAAAUUGUUGCAUAUUGCUCCUUAGUACUGAUCAAAUUCACUUUUUUUGCUACAUGUUCUAGUUUAUUAAAUAUUUCCAAAUUGGAAAGAAAAUAUAGAUAAAAGUUAUAAAAAUGGAGCCAGAGGGAAAACUUUUACUAGGAUACCUCAGAGAACCUUAUAGAUACGUAAUAGGGUGUUGAGUCUUCUCGCCUUCCAAGUAUAAUGAAUUAAAUGCCAUACUAGUUUAAUAAUGACAGUGGUCCAACAUGGUGUUGAUUUGAGUUGAGAAAAUAUAAAAAUUUGACUUCUAAAAAAGACAGCUAUAGCAAGAGCAAUAAGUUGCUGAAAUGAAAUAUCACUAACAUUUUGCUUUAAACCAGUUUCUACUACUUUACUGAAAUUGAGUUACAGAAAUUUAGUGUCACCAAAUGCAGCAAUAGCAAAUACUUUGGGAUCUUAUUUCAUAUGUUUAGAUUUGCAUUAAUGUAUUCAGUGCUAACCUGGUUUUCUGAAAUGAGGUAUUUGCAAGACCUUCUCAAGCUUUAAAUUUAUUUGAAAUAGGACUUUUAAAACUAUUUAAUAUUUUUUAAUUGUUGUUGUUAGGUACCAUUGACUUGAUUUUCAACUCAUAGAG